GCGGCGGCGGCGGAGGCUCUAGCCCGAGGCCUCGGCGGCGCCCUUGCGCUGCACUGCAGCCAUGGCCCUGGUGACCCUGCAGCGCUCGCCCACGCCCAGCGCCGCCUCCUCCUCGGCCAGCAACAGCGAGUUGGAGGCUGGCAGCGAUGAAGAGCGAAAGGUAAACCUCAGCUUAAGUGAGAGCUUUUUCAUGGUGAAAGGAGCAGCCCUCUUCUUACAGCAGGGAAACAGCCCUCAAAGCCAGCGAAGUCUCCAGCAUCCCCACAAACAUGCAGGUGACUUGCCCCAACAUCUUCAAGUAAUGAUCAACCUUCUGCGUUGUGAAGAUCGGAUCAAGCUGGCCGUGCGUUUGGAGAGCGCCUGGGCGGAGCGGGCCCGGUACAUGGUGGUGGUGGACAGCAGCGGGCGCCAGGACACGGAGGAGAGCAUCUUGCUGGGAGUCGACUUUUCCAGUAAGGAAAGUAAAAGCUGCACCAUCGGGAUGGUUCUCCGGCUGUGGAGCGACACGAAAAUCCACCUUGAUGGAGACGGGGGCUUCAGCGUCAGCACAGCAGGACGGAUGCACGUCUUUAAGCCCGUAUCCGUCCAGGCCAUGUGGUCUGCCCUGCAGGUCCUUCACAAGGCCUGCGAAGUGGCGCGCAGACACAACUACUUCCCUGGCGGUGUGGCGCUCGUCUGGGCCACAUACUACGAGAGCUGCAUCAGCUCGGAUCAGAGCUGCAUCAAUGAGUGGAACGCCAUGCAGGACCUGGAGUCCACACGACCUGACUCCCCGGCCCUGUUUGUGGACAAGCCAACCGAAGGGGAAAGGACUGAGCGCGUCAUCAGGGCCAAGCUCCGCAGCAUCAUGAUGAGCCGGGAUCUAGAAAACGUGACCUCGAAAGAAAUCCGUAAUGAAUUAGAGACGCAAAUGAACUGUAACUUGAAAGAAUUCAAGGAAUUCAUUGACAAUGAGAUGCUCCUUAUCUUGGGACAGAUGGACAAGCCCUCCCUCAUCUUCGACCACCUUUAUCUCGGCUCUGAAUGGAAUGCAUCCAAUCUGGAGGAACUGCAGGGCUCAGGUGUGGACUACAUUCUAAAUGUCACCAGGGAAAUAGAUAAUUUUUUUCCUGGCUUAUUUGCAUAUCAUAACAUCCGAGUCUAUGACGAAGAGACAACAGACCUUCUUGCCCACUGGAAUGAAGCGUACCAUUUCAUAAACAAAGCAAAGAGGAACCGUUCCAAGUGCCUGGUACAUUGCAAAAUGGGUGUCAGCCGAUCUGCCUCCACGGUCAUAGCCUAUGCAAUGAAGGAAUUUGGCUGGCCUCUGGAAAAAGCGUACAACUACGUGAAGCAGAAGCGCAGCAUUACACGGCCCAACGCAGGCUUCAUGAGGCAGCUGUCUGAGUAUGAAGGCAUCUUGGACGCGAGCAAACAACGGCACAACAAGUUGUGGCGCCAGCAGAGCGAGACCUGCCUCCAGCAGCCGUUGGAUGGCCCAGCAGGGUCUGGGGACUUUUUGCCGGAGACUUUGGACGGCGCCCCGGAGGCCCGGCUGCCCUGCCUGGACGAUGCUGCCCAGCCCGGCUUCCCAGACAGCGGCACUCCAGGGGGACCCACUCUCCCCUGCUGCUUCCGGCGGCUCUCAGACCCCCUCCUGCAUUCCCCCAGCGACGAAACUGGCAGCCUGGUCCACCUGGAGGAUCUGGAGAGGGAUGCCCUUUUGGAGGAACCAGCCGAGCCGGCCGAGGCACACACACCAGCCAGACAUCCCCAGGAAGCUUCUGGACUCUGCGAGAAGGAAGUGAAGAAGAAGCUGGAGUUUGGGAGCCCCAAGGUCCUGAGUGGCUCCUCGCCGCAGGUGGAGGAGAUGGAAGGGGAGGAGGUCCCGGGAGCAGGGCAGUGGGGACGGCCCCCACCCCAGCUCGAGAAAAGCCUGCUCAACCGGGAGAACCUUAACAACAACAACAGCAAGAGGAGCUGCCCAGAGGACUUCGAGCACGAUGCUAUAUUUGGGAUCCUUAACAAGGUGAAGCCUUCCUACAAGUCAUGUGCUGACUGCGUGUACCCUAUAGCCAGCGGGACUCCCGAGGCCUUCAGGGAGCGGAGUGAGAACCCCGGAGCUCCUGCCAUCUGUACCCAGCCAACCUUCCUGCCGCACCUCACAUCCUCCCCUGUGGCCCACACGUCCAGCAGGUCCCGAGCUUUAGAGAAACUGGCCUCUGGCCCCAGCGAAAGUCCCCCAUUCCUACCACCAGCAGGCUCAAGGAAGUCAGACAUCGGUGGCUCCGGGGCCGCAGCUGCUCCAGAACUACCAGCUAGCCUUCUGGAACCUUCCAGAGAAACCCAAAAAGUCCUGCCAAAGUCCCUCCUUUUGAAGAAUUCUCACUGUGAUAAGAACCCUCCAAGCAUGGACGUAACGAAGGAUGACUCACAACCCAAGAAAGACCCGAAACCGGCCAAGGACCUGCGGCUUCUGUUCAGCAAAGAAGCUGAUAAGCCGACAAGUAACAGCUACCUGAUGCAACACCAGGAAUCCAUCAUUCAGCUGCAGAAGGCGGGCUUGGUCCGAAAGCACACCAAAGAACUGGAGAGGCUGAAGGGCACGCUCGCAGACCCUGUGUCUCCCUGCAGGGAUGGCCCCGCCAGCAGGCUAGAAGCCAGCAUCCCCGAGGAGAACCCUGAUCUGGCUCCUGUCCCGCCGCUGGGGCCCCCAGCUCUGCCCAGCCUCUCGGGGAGCAAUGAGAAGUCAGAGGCCAUCCCCACUCCAUUCGAAGUCGCCCCACCCAAGAGCCCCAGUCCCUUCCUCUGCCGCCUGGAUCACGCCAGUCACUUCUCAAAAGACUUCCUAAAGACCAUCUGUUACACUCCCACGUCGUCCUCCAUGAGCUCCAACCUGACGCGGAGCUCCAGCAGCGACAGCAUCCACAGCGUCCGAGGCAAGCCGGGCCUGGUGAAGCAGCGGACGCAGGAGAUCGAGACCCGGCUCCGGCUGGCGGGCCUCACCGUCUCAUCCCCACUGAAACGCUCACACUCUCUGGCCAAGCUUGGAAGUCUCAACUUCUCAACAGAGGACCUGUCCGGUGAGCCAGAUGCGUCCACCCUCACCGACUCCCGGGACGCCCAGUCGAGCGAGUCUUCCUUCUUGCGUGAGCCCCAGGCACCCCCAGGGAACCCAGCUGUGACCUCUCGGCCAUCAGGGAAACCUGCUUCAGAACACUUGAGAAGCCCCUCGUGGACGAGCAGAAGCUGACCGGCCUCUUGCUGUUUUUACUCAGACGUGCGUUUCCACCGGUUCCUCCCUGUGUCUCACUGUGGGUUUCGGCCGUGAUGUCUCCUAAACAAGUGACAUUCUAACUCUUCCCACUCUCUCUGCAGAGAGGAGGAGAGGAAAGAGAAGAACCCAGCACAAGGAGAAGGGGGGGGUGCCAGUCAGGUGGCCCGGGAGAGCCAGAAGCCAUCGGCCAGUAGAUAAAGAACUCUGCUCCCCAAGCCCUGUGUUUUCAGGAAGAAUCCUGUUUUUAAAAAGAGCAUACACAGACAUGCACACACUCCCCGAACACUGCGUAUGCACCAUGAAGGCUACACGACCACGGCGCAUGUUCCUAGCUCAUUCAGGCCCUCACGGGGAAGCCCUUGGAUGGCAGUAUGAAGUCCUACCUCUGUUCUUGCUGUGCUUUUUAUUUUUUAAAAUAUAGUCGUGACCAAGGCUCUUUCCAGGGAAUAAUGCUGUGUCAGAAAAGGUUUUUCCAAAAGAGAUUUUUUUUUUAAUUCUUAUUUUUUCGGUGGGGACCCCCCAAAAAAGUCCUAAGUUGACUACAUGCAACACCGCUAGGUAAAGUCAGAACAGGCUGUCGAAUGCUGUCGUUGGACCGACCCUGUGGUGCGUGGAGAUGAUCAGUGCAGCUGAAUUCCUUGUCCUGGUGUGUGGUCCCAGCAGAGUGGUGUGCGUCCGGCCAGUACUGGGGUGAGGGGGGGAUGUGUAUAUGUGACGUCCUCAGUCAUUGCUAAUGGUGACAUGUAAGUUGCCCCCAGUCUGGGGAGAAGGACCCAGGGAGCAUCACUGCGUCUCCUCUGCUGCUGAACCUGAUGUGGUUGCCUUGAGGCUUUGAGAGAGCUCGAGUGUAUGUGGCGGGGGUGGUGGGUCUAAGACCGGGAUUGUCCUGCCAGGAGCCCUUGGGCCCAUGAGGUCACAGGAGCAGGUUCAGGGAGGAAAGGGGGCUCUAAGCAGUCGUGAGCCGCUCUGCUGGCCCCUCUCUAGGAACAGCCCUGCCACAGCUUCUCGGAGAAAUGAGACCAUUGAAAAGCUUCAUAGAUGUUUACAGUCGCCGCUUCCUUUGAUGAGGUACUGCUCCGUCUCUCUCGCCCUUCCUGGCGGUGAGGACAGAGUGGAAGAGGGCUCUGUACUCCUGGCUGGGGCUCUGGGAGGCCCCUUUCAGAAUCAGGUGAGCUGCGCCCAUCACAUAGCCACGGGCUCCGGGCGUGGAUGGAGGGAGUCCGCUGGUGUUGGUCAGUAAGACAGGCUGUUGAAAGUAUUUUGGAGAAAGAGAGAGAAAAAAAUAAAAGAUGCUUGGUAGUAAGACAGAAAGGUUUCAUCCAGGGAGUCCGCAAACUCUAGUAACGGACCCUUGAGCUAAGAAGCUUUUAUGUUUUUAAGGGCUUGUUAAAAACAACAAUCUAAUAUGCAGCAGGGACCGUGUAGCCUGCACAGGCUGAGAUACUCCUGAUCCAGCCCUUUAGAGAAAAGGUUCGCUGACCCUUGGUUCCACAACACAGGGCUGCCCAAGGCCCUCCAGAAAGAAACUGCCAAAUUCGAAGGCCUGCCCUGGCCCUUGGACACCUGAGGCCCAGGCCUUGUCUUCUCCCGACCCAGACCUUGCCCGCCCAACCCCCAUGUGCUGUCCCGCAGGGUAGGGGUAGGCCCGGAGGUGCGGGGUGCUGCCGGCCGAUAGUUGCCCAAAGUAUAGUGUGCACUGAGCUGUCCGCUGGAUUUAUUCAGUCAAACUAGAAGCCUUUGGCGCCGACCACGCUCAGAAAGUGGCCGAAGGAGCUGCCAUCUCGGAUCUUACAGUGGUCAGAUCUGGGUUAGGGUUAGGGCACCAUAGGCAGGGUUUUCAGGGACGAGGGCAGACAGGGGGGUGGUCCACAUUUCAGCUAGUGGGUGGAGUUUGUGCAGAAACACUCUCUCCAGGAACUUUUCCUCCCCAAUGUUGUUGGUUUUUGUUUUGUUUUGUUUUUUAAAUCAUAAUGUUAUUUGAUAGGAAUUUGUUUUCCCACCCCUGUCAUUCGAAAUCAGCUUAAAGGGUGAUUAUCUACUACUUCCUAGAAACCCUGUUGGGUUCCCCUUCCACUCCCUGCCCCCGGCCAAAAGAAACAUCAUUCUCAAAAAAUGUAACCGAGUUCAGUAUAUGUUUUGCCAAAUGAAACUUUGCAUUGUGGCUCCAUUUUUGUGUCAAACGAUCCUUUAGAUUUGAUGCUUGACAGGCUUAUGUUGCUCUUCUAACCUCACGUGUCUGGUGUGUGGGAACAAUAUAUUUUUGCAAACUUUAA